AUGGCUGAAGGACCCAGUUCCGACGCUGAGGGCGGAGGAGCAACCACAGCGCUGGAAGCGACAUCCACAGCCGGCUCCGUCAACAAGUUCCAAAGCGCCAUCUCACAAUGGAGAAGCCUCGACUUCACGGCUCUUGUCUCCAACCUAGAUAACACGGCCGCCGAGAUUGUAGCCUUCCAGCGCGAUUCGACUGUGCAGAGGAAGGACCUGGCACAGAAGACAAAGGACUUUAGAAAGCUGGACGAUACUAGCAAGCUAACUGAGAUCAAGGGCUUGCUUAAGGCCUACCAAACCUUUAUCGACCUCCUGACCAACCACUCCAAGUCGGUUAAUUCGACAUUCCUACAAGCCUACACGUCACUGUCCGAGGCUCCAGACCCGUACCCACUACUCGAGGCAUCAGUAGAUUCUAUGCUGGUCUCGGAGGACACGCUACCGAAGCUCAGCCAGGAAAACCAACAUCUGCAGGCGACCGUUUCCCGACUAACUACCCAGCUCGAAGACACUGAGUCCACGUUACAACGCGAACGCAGUAUAAGAAAAGGCCUCGAGGAAAGCCUCGAGAGCAAGGUGAAGGAGGUCGAGACGUCCUGGGCGGCUGUUUUGGAGGAGAAGAAGGACAAUUGGGCGGCAAAGGAGAAAGCAUUGGAGGACAAGCUAGAGAACCAGGAACGUCUGCUCAGUGAGAUUAAGGCGAGCUAUGAAGUCAACCAGAGACUGGGGAAGCCCGGUGAUGCCGAGGAAGGUCAGCGAGGAAAUGUCACGAGUGCCGAGCUGGAAAUGGUGAAUUCCGAUCUCGAGCGCACCAGCGCCCGGCUUGCCGAAGUAGAAGCCCGCAACGAACAACUACGUCUGGAGUUAGCGCAGGCUAAGUCGCAGGUGCCGACACAACCCUCAAUGACUCUGGAAGACGAUCCGGGCUACAUGCGGGUAAGGUCCGAGAACUCUUCUCUCAUCCGAAAGCUGGAUGCGGCAAGGGUGGAAAAGGAGGGUUUAAAGAGAGACCUUGACAAUAAGCUUCGUGGGCUAGAGAGAGAGGUUGGGCUACUCAAGGAAGAGCGGGACAGCCUCAAGAGCAAGGUGCAAAAGUGGAGCGACUACGAAGACAUCAAGCAGGAGCUGGAAGUGUUAAAGAGCAUUGAAUUUUCAACCGGGGAUGAUGAUGGGGCUCAUGAUGCCCUCGACGAGCAGAAUGGUGCUGCGAAUACCGGAAAGGGCGACACGCUAGAGCAGCUCCUCCUCGCCCGCAACAAGAAGCUGAGCGACGAGCUUACGAUCCUCCGCGUGUCACAUCAGGAUCUCCAGACCAGGUUGCAAAACCUGCAGGAGGAGGUUUCGCGAACCAACGCCGAACUAGAAAAAUCCCAGAAUCUGAACGAGAAGCUCGAAAACGAGCUCUCCACCAUUCAGGCCGAGACGCCGAACGCCUUCCCCUCGGGCGCCUCCGUGGCGGGCACCUACGUAAGUCGCUACACCCCGUCUGUCGCACCGGGCCGCAAAGCGGGGAGGACGUCCCCUACUUCGUCCAUAAUCAGCGGCUUCAGCCCCCGUGACUUCUCCGACGACAGGCCGAUGGGGGGCGGUUCAGGGAUCCUUCCCAUGAUCACAGCCCAGCGCGACCGCUUCAAGAAGCGCAACGCACAGCUCGAGCAAGAGCUCUCCGAGAGCCACCGGACCGUGUCGCAGCUCCGGCAGGAGAUUGCCGCCCUGCAGCGGGACAACCUCAACCUGUACGAAAAGACGCGGUACGUCUCAACGUACAACCGCGCCGGCGCGGGCGGGCCCGUGGCUGUGGCGACCACGUCGUCCUCGUCGGCCUACGCCGCCAACCCCAACCCGACGGCCGUCGCCAUCGGCUCCGGCGGCAGCGGCAGCGGAAGCACCAGCCCGGGUAUAGCGCUGGACAGGUACCGCAAGGCGUACGAGUCCAACCUGUCGCCGUUUGCCGCCUUCCGGGGGCGCGAGUCGGCUCGCGCCUACAAGCGCAUGAGCCUGCCCGAGCGCGUCGUCUACUCGGUCGCACGCAUGGUGCUGGCCAGCCGCACGAGCAGGAACCUGUUCGCCCUGUACUGCCUCGCGCUGCACCUGCUAGUGUUCUGCUCGCUGUACUGGCUAGGCACGGCCGACGCCGAGAAGCACACCUUGAGGACUGUCUCGGCGCUUGCGGUUGGGGCCGCCGGCGGUGGCGCUGGCGCUGCCAAGGGCGCUGGUGCUGGUACCGGUGGUGGUGAUGGGUUGGAGUAG